AUAAUGUACUGGAAGGUGAUUCUGGGCCUUGUUCUCUUUGCGAUGAUCUUCCGGGGCGUCCGGUUGCGCUUGCGCUACUUUCUAGCCUUUUUCAUCUACGCAGUUGUUGUAAUGUUUGGCUCCGUGGUGUACACAAUCAAGUUUGCUCUCAAGGGGAAGCCGCGCUAUGAAAAUAGUUGGGAAUUUACUGAAGUCUACCGAUUAGCUCGAUCACUAAUCGGUCUUCAGCCACGGAUCUAUGGUCUUGAAACCUACGAUCCAGAAAAACAGUGUGUAUAUAUUACCAACCACCAGAGCUUUAUCGACGUUCUGUGUAAUUUUGAUCGAGCUUUACCCUAUAAUCCCGCUCGGUGUAGCGUUCCCUGGUGUGUUGCUUUAGAUUUUUACAAUGUUAUCCUGUUUGCUCUAGCACUCUUGGACAUUUGGAAUCAGCGCUGUACUGUUAUUGCAAAGAACUCGCUCAAGUACUUUGGUCCCUUAGGCGCCAUCCUUUACUACACCAAAACCAUUCUCAUUCACCGAUCCGAUCACAAAAAGGCCAUUGAUGAAAUGAAUCGGACAGCUGAACUUAUUGUCAAAGAUGAGGUUAAUCUCUUCAUGUUCCCAGAAGGAACUCGAAACGCCUCAGGUCGUUUGCUUCCAUUCAAGAAGGGUGCUUUUUAUCUAGCCAUUCAGACCCAGCUGCCCAUCCAACCCAUCGUCGUGUCUUGCUACAACUCCUUCCUCGAUCACAAGAAGUGCACAUUUAGUCCAGUUCCCUUCGGCGUCUAUAUACUUCCUGCGAUUCCCACUACCGGAAUGGAGGUUUCUCAAGUCAACGAACUGGUAGAUCAAGCUUAUGCCUCAAUGUCAGAGAUUUAUGAAAGAACAGUGAAGGCCUCACGAGAAGAAUUGGGCAACGACCUUCGAAAGAAGUCAGAAUGCCACGAAAAUAUUUUUGACAGCGGUCCGGGAAAAGUUUCAUUUAUUGAGCCACGCCGGGGUACCCUACCGCACUUAAAACUCGAGUUCUACCUAAAUAUCUUGAUAUCAACGAUGGACGUACUUUGGCUUUUGAUUCCAGUUUCUCUUGUGACUGGGUUCUACAUUGUUUAUAAAAUCCCAGUCGUGCGGUACUACAUGAAAUAUGUUAUCUUUGGAAUAAUACUUAACCUUGGCUCGGUCUUCUACACAAUCGUGUUUCUAGUUAGGGGAAAGCCAUCGUUUUCAAACAGUAGUGAGGCUUUACCUCUUCUCCGCAUUUCCCAAUGGGCGCUUGGUCUUCGACCAAAGAUAUACGGCCUGGAAAAUUGUUAUAAAUUUCGUCAAUGUGUUUACGUUGUUAACCACCAGAGUUUUAUCGACGCUGUAGAAGGAACACGAAAUUCCAGCGGUCAACUAUUGCCCUUUAAGAAAGGCGCUUUUCAUUUGGCCAUUCAAGCACAAAUUCCGGUUGUGGCCAUCGUAAUCUCGUGCUACAACUCCUUCCUCGAUCAUAAAAACAAGGUAUUCGAAGAUGUUGCUGGAAAGAACGUCUGUGCAACCAACGACACAACAAAUCCCCCCCCCCCCUCCUACACUGCUGUCUCCCAUUUAGCCGCCUAUGGUGUCUACGUUCUUCCGCCAAUCCCUACUGAAGGCCUCACUUCGGCCGACGCCGGAAACCUUCUGGAACAGUCUUACGCCGCCAUGAAGGAGAUAUUCGACAUCACGGCCACCGCCACCAAGGACGAGCUAGGGCUGGAUCUGCGUGAGAACUUACGACAAGAACAUUAG